AUAGAUAAAAGCUUUCUUCGUCUUCGAGAAGUCAAGACGAGAGGAUAGACAAUAUGAUGAUAAUAUCCGAUCUUCCACACGAUUUAGAAUCAGAGAUACUCUCUAGGGUUCCGGCCAAAUCUCUAUGGGAACUGAGAGCUACUUGCAAACGUUGGUACGCUCUACUCAGAGAUCCGUGGUUCGUGGAGAAGAACAAGAAGAUGGGUAAAGCUGUAAGAGAGUCGAUGUUACUGAGCAAUCUUAGGGUUAGUUCAAUUGCUGGCGACCUUCAUGGACUUUACAACAACGGCGUCGAACCAUCUAUCAUGGUCACCGGUAAACUUGGAAGUCUAGAGGAUUCAAAGGAUUUGAAAUUCUCUCAUAUAUUUCACUGUGACGGUUUAAUGUUAUGCUACACAAAGGGAAACACUAGACUGUUGAUUUGGAACCCAUGUACUGGUGAAACGAUGAAUAUCGAACCCAGAACUCGUUACGAACGUAAUGAUACCUAUGCUCUAGGAUACAGCACAUCUUCUUCUUCUGGCCAUAGCUACAAAAUUUUGAGGUAUUGGUAUUAUGAAAACGACCAGAAAGAGUGGAUUGCUGAGAGUGAGAUCUAUGAGCUUAGCUCUGAUUCUUGGAGGGUUAAUCUUGAUUCCUUCACUUGUGACUACACCUUGUCUUGCGAAGGCAUAACUGUGAAGGGAAAUCAUUAUUUGGUUGCUGAAAAUGAAGAAACCGUUUUUUUCUUGAUGAAGUUUGAUUUCACGACCGAGAGAUUUGUGCGUCUCCCUCUUCCGUUUCAGAGUUUUAAUUCUGAAAACACCGUAGUAGCUCUGUCUGUUGUUAAGGAUGAAAAGCUCUCGGUGUUACAUCAGAAUAUAUAUCCAUGGUCAAAUGUGAUGAGGAUAUGGGUGACCAAUAAUGUUGAUGAGGACUUGUCAUGGAGGAGCGACUUUGUCUUGACGGUGGAUUUUGAUAAAUUUGACCUCCCAAGUGUGGUGAAUGUGACAAGCUUCUUGUUGGACGAGGAGAAUAAAGUGGCAGUGUGUUGUGACAAAGACCCGGAUGAUAAAGAUAAGACCAGAAUGUACAUUGUUGGAGAGGAUAUGUAUAAACAAGUUUAUAAAGAUAAUGUAGAGGCAUCUCGUUUCAACUGGCCACUUGUCCUCACUUAUGUUCCAAGCUUGGUUUGCAUUCAGAAGAAAACACCAAGAACAAGAAGGCGUAAGAGAAGAAGAUUGUCCUUUAAAUGCAUUAAUUGAUCUUCUUUUGAGCAUAGAUCACUUACGGUGUUGUUUCUAUUUUAGUUGAUACUUGAUUAAGCUUUCCUUGUCACUCUUUCGAACAUUGGAUCUUUAUCACAAUUACAUUAUUCUGCUUAUAUCCACUUUAUCAUGAUCUAAUCAUCUUUACUCAAUUGUUCCCUUGCGUCUUCAACCUCUAAAAUCAUCGAAAAAUUAAACAGUGUAAUCAUCUUUACUCAAUUGUUCCCUUGCGUAGUAGACAUAGUUCGUUUUACUGGGAUGUUUAUAUAUCCAGUGUUUCUUCUUUUUUUUUUUUUUUUUUGUUUUUUUUUGGGUCUAAAUGUUAAGAAAUUUGAUGAUUAAAAAUUUGAACAACUUUAAUUCAUACAGACGCCCAACGUAUUUUUUUGUCCAAAACUAAAUAGAACUUCAAAAUAUAACCUGAUAGAGUAGCGGUAGCUAUGAGAUGAGGUCACAACAAAGACUCGCAAGAAUUCGUAUGAACUAGGCUUCGAUUUAGGCGAUUCUCUCAACAAGAUCAAAGAUUACGAGUGGAGAAGUACUCCUCUAGUUAUUAAAAAAUUGAGAGACUUGUUAAAUUUAGAAAGAUUUGUAGAGAAUUUUGUAUAUUAUGAAAAUCUGUGAAAAUAAAAUAUUACUAGGUGUUUUGUUCACAUUUGUGGGCUUAAUAAUUUACAAAAAAAUUGUAAAUAGAUAUAUCAUCAAUUCAAAAACAUUAAAAUAAAUUAUUUUUAUGCUUUUGAAAUAUUUAAUAAUUAAUUCAAUAUUAAAAAUUAUAAACAAUAAAGUUUUUUUUUUAAUAAAAUAUCUUUAUUACGCAAAAUAAACUUGAAAACAUUAAUAUAUACAUAAAAGAGUGAUUUAUAUAAUAAGAUAUAUUAUUUUUGUAGAACAACAGAGAUUUAUAUUUAUUUUUAAAAUAUUAUUACUUUUUUAGCGGAAUAGAGAUUUAUAUUUAUUUUUAAAAUAUUAUGAUGUGAGAUAUUUUUGGAUAACAUAAUAUAUAAUAUUUUCGUAUAAUCUAUAUUAUUAUUUGAGAAUUGUAUAUGCUGAUCUAUACUAUUAUUUGAGAAGUGUAUAUGUUGAUUUGUCAUACUCUCCAUAAUUUUAGGAUCAUUUAUAUUUUACGCUCAAUUUUUAAUCUUAAUAAAUAAUUUUAGUGAUCAGCUGAUAAUUUAUAAUUAUCUAGAAAAUGAUUAAAAUUUUUUAAUCUAUACUAUUAUUUGAGAAAUCUAUAUGUUGAUUUGUCAUGCUCUCCAUAAUUUUAAGAUGCUCAAUUAUUAAUCUUAAAAAAUAACUUAAGAUGUAGAGGCAUCUCGUUUCAACUGGCCACUUGUCCUCACUUAUGUUCCAAGCUUGGUUCGCAUUCAGAAGAAAACACCAAGAACAAGAAGGCGUAAGAGAAGAAGACUGUCCUUUAAAUGCAUUAAUUGAUGUUCUUUUGAGCAUAGAUCAUUUACGGUGUUGUUUCUAUUUUAGUUGAUACUUGAUUAAGCUUUCCUUGUCACUCUUUCGAACAUUGGAUCUUUAUCACAAUUACAUUAUUCUGCUUAUAUCCACUUUCUCUUCUGUUGCUUUUGAAAUUUAAUCAUGAUCUAAUCAUCUUUACUCAAUUGUUCCCUUGCGUCUUCAACCUCUAAAAUCAUCGAAAAAUUAAACAGUGUAAUCAUCUUUACUCAAUUGUUCCCUUGCGUAGUAGACAUAGUUCGUUUUACUGGAAAUAUGUUUAUAUAUCCAGUGUUUCUUUUUUUUUUUUUUGGUCUAAAUGUUUUUUUUUUUAACUAGCUUUCAUAUUAAAACAGAGAAAAAGGUUACAGAAAUUAACAUGAGAAACAGAAACAAUAAAACAAAACAGCUGAGAAAUAAGAAAAACAAAGACUCUAAAUCCGAUUUGAAACAGCCCUAGAAGGGGAUAAACAGAGGCUCACAAGAAAGACCCAAGUAAAAUGGUACUACAAACAACAGACAGCUCUAAAAUAGUUUGAUACACAGACAAGUGGAAUAGGCAACUCCGGAUCUUACAUCCUAAUGCCGUCACGUUGUUGUAAUCCUGAGAGGAGCUGGAGCUACCUCACUCAAGUCCACACUUGAAAAACCUCUGACGAAUAAGCACACAUAAGGAGAGGGGCUUCAUACCUGAAGGGCACGAGACACACGCAAACCCACUGGACGAAAAACGGGCGUUAAGGAAAGCUGCUUGAUGAAAGAGAUUACAGGACCUGCACUGAGAGGAACAAGACUGUAUCUGCCAAGGGCAAUCAAAUGAGGCACCUCGACACUGGGAUGAUACAUCCUUAAUCGCGCCGUCCAGGAGGAGAAAAACAGGGCUCCAUGACCACGAACCCGAUAAGACACCACCCACGAUACUUUUCCUCACAUGAAAAGGGGACAGUCGAGACAGAACGACACGAAGAUGAAGAACAAGAUCCUGAAAAACCAAGAAACCCAGAAAGCUCACAGCCAGGAGACGGGCACUCAAACACCAACGCCGUGAACCGGAGAGGACAAAGAAGGAGCAGCUUGACGAGACAGUCGACGCCUGAGUACCAGACACUUCCACGCGCCUAAAACCAUCCUUUAAGCUACACGCGCCGCCAGGAGAAUACACCUGACACCGCCAAGAUUUUCAACACCGUCGCGCACCAAGCGAGCAAAACCCACGAAGUCCAACUUGGGGAUGAUUGAAGAAGCUGCUACCCCCGAGACACCAAGGGAGAGAGCAAUACCCCACGACUAUUAACGCAAGCCCACCUUCUCAACCAAAUCAGACAAUGGGCCUCGACGACAAGCCCAACGACUCUAAGACCACUCAGCUUCAGCCCAAAAUCAUUCAACGGUCAUCUCCAAGCUUAAUUACAAGCGACAAAGAAAGCCUGAGAGUGAUGACGUUCGGAAAGGUACAAUCUGGUCCCCUCCAGUUUGGAAACAGAUUCGCAGCCCUUGAUUCCUUGGAGCUUCCAUGAUGUUGCCACCUGUAGAGGAACUAGGGUUUAGACAAGUUUUGUAUAAAUACCUAUGCUAAGCUAUUGUAAUGGACAAGAGAUUGAAAUACAAAACAUAACCUUUUCAGUUAUCUUCUUGAAGCAUUGCUUCAGAUUUCAUGGUAUCAGAGCUUAGGGAGUAGAACCAUGGACAUGCAACCUUAUACUCCUCCCGUUCUGGAUAUUGUGAACUCAGUCACAGUCAAGCUUACGGAGAAGAACUAUAUCCUCUGGAAGCGACAGUUCGAGACCUUCCUCAAUGGUCAACGUCUACUUGGCUUUGUGACAGGAUCUAACCCAGCUCCAGUCACAAUGCUUCCCGUACCGGGAAUCAACGGCACAGCAACCCUGGUUCCUAACCCAGACUAUCAACUCUGGUUUCAGACAGAUCAAGUGGUCCAAUCUUGGUUGCUUGGCUCGUUCGCUGAAGACAUUCAGAGCAUAGUCAUCCACUGUCACACAACUCACGAGAUCUGGGUCACUCUUGGUACUCAUUUCAACAAACCCUCAUCAUCUCGUCUGUUUGAGUUACAGAGAAAGAUUCAGACUACUUCCAAGCUAAACAAGACAAUAGGAGACUAUCUUCGAGAGAUAAAGAACAUCAGUGACCAGCUCACCUCCAUAGGAAACCCUCUUGACGAAAGGAUGAAAAUUUUUGCUGCUCUUCAUGGUUUGGGACAAGAGUACGAGCCUAUUAAGACAAGCAUUGAAGGUUCUAUGGAUCUUCACCCUGCUCCAACCUUUGAUGACAUCUCAUCUCGUCUCAAAAGCUUCGACGACAGACUUCAGAGCUACAUGGUGUCUUCAGACCCAAGUCCACACCUUGCCUUUCAUAUUGACAGAACAUCACAAUAUCCUAGUUAUGGUAACAGAGGCAGAAGUAGUGGUCGGAGAUUCGGAAGAGGAAGAGGACGAUUCUUCUUCUCUACAAGAGGCCGUGGAUUUCAUCAGCAGCUAUCCUCCUAUCCCAGCUCUUCUGUUUCCUCUGAGCAAGGUGAUCGCCCUGUUUGUCAAAUCUGUGGGAGACAAGGACAUGUAGCACAACAGAGAUUUAUAUUUAUUUUUAAAAUAUUAUUACUUUUUUAGCAGAACAGAGAUUUAUAUUUAUUUUUAAAAUAUUAUGAUGUAAGAUAUUUUUGGAUAACAUAAUAUAUAAUAUUUUUGUA